AUGAGUUCCCAGAGUUUAUUCCGCUUUCCAGCUUGCCUGGCCAGGCUGCACGCAGCGCCCUGGGGACAGCAGCUGUGGGAGAAGCCAGCCUGGCUCUCCCCAGGCCCAGCCCCUCCAGUGCAGCGGGCCGGCAAGAAGGACCACCCUGCUCUGCUGGCCCUGGACGAGGGGGAUCUCGAAGAGCAGUUUGUCAAAGGACAUGGUCCAGGGGGCCAAGCAACCAACAAAACCAGCAACUGCGUGGUGCUCAAGCACGUCCCCUCGGGCGUCGUCGUCAAGUGCCAUCAGACAAGAUCUGUGGAUCAGAACCGAAAGCUAGCUCGGAAAAUCCUUCAAGAGAAAGUGGACGUCUUCUACAACGGGGAAGACAGCCCUGUUUACAGAGAAAAGCGAGAGGCAGAGAAGAAAAAGCAGGAAAAGAAAAAAAGAACAAAGGAGACCCUCGCAAAGAAGAAACUACUGAAAGAACAAUGGGAAUCAUGUAAGAAUGGCCACUGAGGAAGCCGCAGCCUGCCAGGCGCUGCAGGUCUGAGGUGACCAGUCCCGUCGCCAGCGUUACUGUCGAGCUUUGAAAGGACCGUUUCUGACAGAUGUAAAAGUCAUCCAGGCCUUCGCAUGGUGGACUAACGUCGUCGAGAUGCACACUUCAAGAACAAAGUCGUGGAUAGGUUAUUGCUGUAAAGGAAAGCGGCCAUUGCUGGGGGAGGGCUGCCCUCGGGGUGCAGCCCGGGAGGGGCUUCAGGUACACUCACAAGGAGGCCGUCUUACUGUUUUUAACUACGUGCCCAUGUGAGCUUUAUCAUCAUCAAGCUGGUUCCACCGGCUUGGGAGUCUCACUUUAUUUCUGUUCCUUUUCUCCAUAAUAAACUUUUUCUUUCUCUAAACAAAAAAAAGAGCACUAAAACUAGAACAACCUUUUAAAAAGUAUUCAUAUCAAACAUUAAUCAUGUUUGGUGGGGGG